CAACAGUGAAGCUCCUCCCACAUGCAGUUCGCCUAUAAAUGCUGGAAUGUUCCCAUCAAGUGAAGAAGACAGUUGAACAUUGAGAACAUGAGUGAUCCAGAGCCCUGCAAGAUGGAAGAUGAAGAUACAAAAGAACAAAGAGACUUAAUGGAACAGAACAAGGAGAUUGAAAAACUGAGCAAAGGAGAGGAGAAACAUCAUCAUGUCAAAACUGGCGAAAAAUCUUUGAGUAGAGCCAACAAUUCUUGCCUACAUUGUGGAAAGAGAUUCCAAAACAACAAAAGUCUUCAAAUUCACAUGAAGAUCCACACUGGAGAGAAGUUGUACACAUGUGAUCAGUGUGGGAAGAGUUUCACACGAAAACAGCACCUUAAUGAUCACAUUAAAAUCCUCACUGGAGAGAAGCCGCACACAUGUGAUCAGUGUGGGAAGAGUUUCACACGAAAAGAGAACCUUAAUAAUCACAUUAAAAUCCACACUGGAGAGAAACCACACACAUGUGAUCAGUGCGGGAAGAGUUACUUACACAAAAGAAACCUUGAGUAUCAUAUGAGAAUCCACACUGGAGAGAAGCCGUACACAUGUGAUCAGUGUGGGAAGAGUUUCACAAACGCCAUCAAUUUUAAAUCACAUCUGUUUUCUCACUCUGGAGAAAGACCAUUUUACUGUGAUCAGUGUGGAAAAACAUAUUUUUCAUCAUUUUCCCUGAAGAACCACUUGAAAGUUCACACAAAGGAGAAGCCUCACGUGUGUUCUUUGUGUGGAAAGAGUUUUAGUCAGUCGAGUGCUUUAAAAUAUCAUCAGAAAAUACACAGUGGUGUGAAGAAUCAUGUGUGCUUUGAUUGUGGGAAGACUUUUAUUACAGAUCAUGCAGUGAAACUGCACCAGAGAACUCACACUGGAGAAAAACCUUACAAGUGUUCACAUUGUGAUAAGAGAUUCAGUUUUUCACAAAAUCUGCAAGAACACACGAUGAUCCACACUGGAGAGAAACCACACACGUGUGAUCAGUGUGGGAAAGGUUUCAGACAAAACCGACACCUUAAUAUUCACAGGAAAAAACACAAUAGAGACAUGCCACACAUGUAAGAACUCACAUUGUCAUUCUGGACUAAGACAGUACUUUUUGCAUUACCCCAGAAGAACCACAUAAAAAAUCAUGUAAGAAUUGAGAAAUUAGGAAAUGCUUGAAGUGCGACCAGACCCUGAGAGAACAAAAGGACCUCUCUGGAAAUAAGCAUUUAAACUCACCAUUUGUGAGACAAAGUCUCACCUCAGAACACAUCUCUCCCCCUCUUCCUCACUCCCCCUCUCACAUGCUGA